AUGGAGGAGUAGCUUUGCUUGUUGUUUUGCUGCCAUCCAGUCGUGCAAAGGGUCAUAUUUUUAAUAUUUAAGGACAUUUUUUCAACUUGAGCCUCACUUCACAAUUUUUUGCUGACAAGACACUGGAUAAAAAACAGGUUUGGGUAAUAUAAAAUAUCACAGGAACCAUGGCAACGACAGCUCUGACCGGUUUCUCUAUGAUGAGCCUACUCAGCCUCGGGUACCUGACCUGGGAUCUGAUGAGCCCAAACCAGGUGGAAAAUGAGCCUGAUCAAAGUUUUAUGGACAGAUCUCCGGUCCCACAGCCUCCUCACAUCAUUUUCAUCAUGACAGACGACCAGGGCUUCAACGACAUCGGCUAUCACAGCUCAGACAUCAGGACACCGGCGCUGGAUAAACUGGCUGCGGAUGGAGUGAAGCUGGAGAAUUAUUACAUCCAGCCCAUCUGCACCCCAUCCAGGAGUCAGCUCAUCACCGGCAGGUACCAAAUCCAUACUGGUCUGCAGCACUCCAUCAUCCGGCCUCGCCAGCCCAGCUGCCUGCCCUUUGACCAGGUCACCCUCCCACAGAGGCUUCAGGAGCUCGGCUACUCCACCCAUAUGGUAGGCAAGUGGCACCUGGGCUUCUAUAAGAAGGAGUGUUUGCCCACUCGCCGUGGCUUCGAUACGUACUUUGGCUCUCUAACGGGCAGCGUGAAUUACUACACAUACGACUCCUGUGACGGUCCCGGGCUAUGUGGCUUCGACCUCCAUGAGGGGGAGUCGGUCGCCUGGGGUCAGAGGGGCAAAUACUCCACCCAUCUGUACACACAGCGAGUCCGCAAGAUCCUGGCAACCCAUGAUCCUGAGUCCCAGCCGCUGUUCAUUUUCCUCUCCUUCCAAGCUGUCCACACGCCCCUACAGUCUCCACGGGAAUACAUCUACCCAUACCGCGGGCUGGAAAAUGUGGCACGCAGGAAGUAUGCAGCGAUGGUCUCAGCGGUAGAUGAGGCAGUCCGUAAUAUAACAUACGCUCUCCGCAAGUAUGGAUACUAUCAGAACAGUGUCAUAAUUUUCUCUACUGACAAUGGCGGCCAGCCUUUGUCAGGCGGCAGUAACUGGCCGUUAAGAGGACGUAAAGGCACGUAUUGGGAAGGUGGCAUCCGGGGUCUGGGGUUCGUCCACAGCCCUCUUUUGCGGAAGAAGAGGAGGGUGAGCAAGGCGCUGGUCCAUAUUACUGACUGGUACCCAACACUGGUGGCAUUAGCUGGUGGCAACGACUCCCUGAUUGAGGGGCUUGAUGGGUAUAAUGUUUGGGAAGCCAUCAGUGAAGGGAAGGAGUCGCCGAGACUGGAGAUUCUCCACAACAUUGACCCUAUGUAUAACCAUGCACGUAGUGGCUCCCUGCAAAAAGGAUAUGGGAUUUGGAAUACAGCCAUUCAGGCCUCCAUACGAGCCGGAGACUGGAAACUCCUGACAGGAGACCCUGGCUAUGGGGACUGGAUCCCGCCACAGAUGCUUCCAGGUUUCCCCAGCGGCUGGUGGAACCUGGAACGCCACACUGAACCCCGUAAGUCAGUGUGGCUGUUCAACAUCUCUGGAGAUCCCUAUGAACGUUAUGACCUGUCUGAGCAGAGGCCAGAUGUGGUAAAGGAGCUGUUGGCCAGACUGGUGUACUACAACCGCACUGCGGUCCCAGUUAGGUACCCCUCAGAGGACCCACGGGCUGACCCUCACCUGAAUGGAGGUGCCUGGGUGCCCUGGGUUGGAGAUGAAGAGGAGGAUAGCUGGGACAGUGUUUACCAGAAAAAGAACAUGGAUUGGAAGAAAAAGCUCAAACUGUCCAAAAGCAGAGCGUUUUUCAGGAGACUCAACACGAGGAUCAUGUCCAACAGAAUAUAGAAAACACAAAACUAAAAAAAAAGUUAAAUGAAGAAUAGCACUGUUUUUUCACACAUGUGAAGAUGUGUUUUCACAAAAGAAACCAAAUUUGUGCAUGGUUGACCUGCUGUUACUGAGCUCUAGCUGCAGGUAAUGAUCAGUCUCGACAGAAGAACUGAUUCAUUAAAUAAGGCUGAUGACUAUUUCCCUCAUUUAGUUUGUUUGUAUCUUUUUGAGUAAAAAUGCGUGUUCCUAAAGUGAGUAUUAGAAACUCAAAAAAUGUGAGCAGAAUCUAUUUUAAGCAUUUUAAUGAGUGCGUUUUACUAUCAUACAUGGAGACUGCAGCUGUAGAAGAUGGGGCUGUUUGAUAAAAUGCGUAUUUGACAAAGUGACACAUCACCUGAGACCUGUUGUACCUUUGAUUCAUGUAAAUGAUGACUACCUCUGUGUCAAUGUGACAUGAAUUGCAAGCUUUGUUUCCUUCAUUCAGACUCAUUCUCAACUUCUUUUAUUUAUUUAUUUUACAUUACAUUUUCAAAUAGAAUAAGUGAACAA